AUGUCAGCUAGUGUAUCUGAGAUUCAAAGUGCGGAGCCUGCGGAAGUGACUGUCGAUGAGGAGUGCCCGAUCAAGCAGGUGGAUAUUACAGUAUCGAAAACCGAUGACCCAAAUUUGCCAGUUCUCACAUUUCGAAUGUGGGUUUUGGGGAUUGCAGCUUGUGUCAUACUCUCGUUUGUGAACCAAUUCUUUUGGUACAGAUCCAACCCAUUGUCCGUUACUUCGAUUGCUGCACAGAUAGCUGUUGUGCCCCUUGGCCAUUUGAUGGCCAAGACGCUUCCAACUCGACCCUUUUUCGAAGGCACACGAUUCCACUUCACUAUGAAUCCUGGACCCUUCAAUGUAAAGGAGCAUGUUCUGAUUACCAUUUUUGCCAAUUCUGGUGCUGGCACUGUUUAUGCUACCCACAUUUUAACAGCGGUUAAGCUGCUCUAUAGGAGACAACUCACCUUCCUUCCUGCUUUGCUCAUUAUGCUCACCACUCAGAUUCUUGGAUUCGGUUGGGCUGGAAUUUUUAGGAAAUAUUUGGUUGAGCCAGGGGAGAUGUGGUGGCCAUCUAAUUUGGUUCAGGCCUCAUUGUUUAGGGCUUUGCAUGAGAAGGAAAAGAGACCAAAACGAAGCACUACUCUUACACAAUUUUUUAUCUUGGCCAUGAUUUGCAGCUUUGCCUACUAUAUUUUUCCUGGCUAUCUUUUCAUGAUGCUUACCUCUUUCUCUUGGUUGUGUUGGUUUAAUUCCAAAUCUCUUUUGCUUCAUCAAAUGGGUUCUGGCAUGAAUGGCCUUGGACUCGGUGCAUUCGGGAUAGACUGGUCGACAAUUUCAUCUUACCUUGGAAGUCCCUUAGUUAGUCCUUGGUUUGCUACCGCCAACGUUGCAGUGGGGUUUGUUCUCGUGAUGUAUGUCAUGACACCUCUCACUUAUUGGUUUAAUGUCUACGGUGCCAAGAAGUUUCCCAUAUAUUCAAGCAGCCUUUUCAUGGCUAAUGGUCUGCAUUAUAAUAUUUCAAGCAUAGUCAAUUCUAAUUUCCAUCUUGACCGAGGUGUUUACAGCACAACUGGGCCUGUAAAUCUUAGUACUUUCUUCGCAAUGACUUAUGGUCUUGGAUUUGCCACACUUUCUGCUACAGUUGUCCAUGUCAUUCUCUUCAAUGGAAGGGAGUUGUGGAACCAAAGCAGAAGUGCCUUUGGCGGGAAGAGAAAGAUUGACAUACAUACAAAGCUUAUGCGAGCUUAUAAACAAGUACCAACAUGGUGGUUCAUUGUCAUCCUUGUGCUUAACAUUGGUCUCUCCGUUUUUACUUGUCAAUAUUACAACGCAUCACUUCAAUUGCCUUGGUGGGGUGUACUAUUAGCUUGUUUUAUUGCCUUCUUUUUUACCCUUCCCAUCGGCAUUAUUAAUGCUACCACAAAUCAGACACCUGGUUUGAAUAUUAUUACAGAAUACAUUAUUGGUUAUGCGUAUCCAGAACGCCCGGUGGCCAACAUGUGUUUCAAGGUGUAUGGAUAUAUCAGUAUGUCACAAGCUCUAACAUUUCUCUCUGACUUUAAGCUUGGCCACUACAUGAAGAUUCCACCGAGAACAAUGUUCAUGGCCCAGGUUGUAGGGACGAUCAUAGCAGUGUUAGUAUACGUUGGAACUGCUUGGUGGUUGAUGGGAUCGAUUCAAGAUUUGUGUGACACCAACCUGCUGCCAGAAAAUAGCCCCUGGACUUGCCCAAUGGAUCGAGUGUUCUUCGAUGCUUCUGUAAUAUGGGGGCUUGUGGGGCCUCGUAGAAUCUUUGGAGAUCUUGGAGAAUAUAGAGCUGUGAAUUGGUUCUUCAUUGGUGGAGCGAUUGGCCCGUUGCUUGUAUGGAUUGCACACAAGAUGUUUCCGAAGCACACUUGGAUUCGCCUGAUUCACAUGCCAGUUCUUUUGGGGGCUACGUCGAUGAUGCCACCAGCUAACGCAGUGAACUUCACGAGUUGGUUGAUCUGUGGUUUCGUGUUUGGGUAUUUCCUUUUCAGAUACAAGACAGAGUGGUGGAAGCGCUACAAUUACAUCUUGUCCGGUGGGUUGGAUGCUGGAACUGCCUUCAUUACGAUACUCGUCUUUCUUACGUUGGGAUCAAAGGGCAUUGACUGGUGGGGAAACAAUAUUGAUGGGUGCCCCUUGGCCUCUUGCCCAUCUGCCAAAGGAGUUUUUGUCGAUGGCUGCCCUGUUUUCUGAUGUUAUCUUUCUUUGUUUAGCAAUUUCUUUUUUAUUUUUGCUACAUUACUC